UUUGCUUUACUUUCCUCCCCACAAUAUACACUAUAUCUCUCCUUCAUUCACCAUGGAUAACAUCUCAGUUUCUCUCACCUCUCCCACUCUCCAACUAUUGAUGACUCGCACAAUCACCAUGAAGACCACCGAAAUCGGCGUCAUAUGAGGAGCAAUCAACGUUGUCUGCCGGUCUAAUUAAUUUUACCUUCACGUUGCCUGAAAUUAAACUUCGUACGUAUUUCCAGGAGCUUCACCUAGGAGAACGCCAAACACAAGGAGGUCCGGAGGAGAGAGAAAGUGAGCAUCAACACAGCUGGAGCUGUGUAGCCGGAGUUGGUAACGGUGGUGGCGGUGGCGGUUGGUUAGACGAAAGCUUGGGUUGGUACGGUGGUGGGCCUUGGCCAUUGGUUCAGUUACCUGGGCAAGGAGAAGGGUAGGUAGAAUAAGGUUGGGUAAGGGUAUAUGAGUCUUUUGUUUUUCUCUAUCACUCUUUAAUAUACGCGAUAAAAUAAAACGUGUCAACUAAUAAGAAAUGAACGAAGUAAUAAUUAGAUUAUGCCAAGUUUUCACAUAGUGUGUGCAAUUGUUUUUUUUAGUACAACUCUAGCUCAUAGGGUAAAAAAAAAAAAAAAAAAAAAAUCGAAAAUCGAAAUCUUGAUCCUCCAAGUUUUCACACAACAGUAUAAUUUGUCGGAAACUUUAAAAUUACAAGAAGAAUUAAUACAAAACCUCCCCACAUUCCACUCUUUCUCUCUCCUUCCUUUCCCUUAUCAUGUCACUUUCUUGCUUCUCUUUCUUUUUUCUACACAAACAAGCAACCAAACAAUUACAAAAUCAAUGAAUUUUGAAACACAUCUUCUGUCACUCACUCAUUCUCUCUCCCCUCUCUCCAAUUUAACACAGAAUCACAUGUAAAUUCUUAUUACCAGUAGUAAUUGUCAACUAUUCUUGGGAUGGUGUUUCCCACAAGCUUUCAACCCCAUUAAUUUAAAAAAGAUUAAAAAAAUUAUAAACCCAUCUUGAAGAGAGAGAAAGAUGAAGUGGGUGUGAAUUAAUUUUUAUAUUAUUCAUUAUUUAUUUAUUUUUAAUUAUUUUUGUGCAUUUUUUUUGGAGUUAUAAAAGAAGCUCAAAUUUGGCUUGGUUUGCAUAUAAUGUCACAAGAAGAAUCUAAAGAGAUAAAGACAAUUGAACAAUGGAGAUGGUCGGAAAUGCAUGGUCUUGUGCUUUCAGGCUCUUCAAAUAACAACACUCUUAACUCCAAUCCUCCAACUCUUCUUCAAGAAUUCCAACCUUCGAGCACCUCGAAGAUGGAAGCUACUGACGGUAACGGUAAUAGUAAUGCGAAGAAGGAUGCAUCAUCGUCGUCUUCGGGAUCAACUGAUAAACCCAAAGAAGGUCCACCACCAGUUGCGUUCAAAGAGUUGUUCAGAUUUGCUGAUAAAUUGGAUUGUAUUUUGAUGGGAAUUGGUUCUCUUGGUGCUUUUGUUCAUGGCUGUGCUUUACCCCUUUUUCUUAGAUUCUUUGCUGAUCUUGUUAACUCUUUUGGUUCUUACUCUAAUAACCCUGAUAAAAUGAUGCAAGAAGUUUUAAAGUAUGCAUAUUAUUUUCUUGUUGUUGGAGCAGCAAUUUGGGCUUCUUCUUGGGCAGAAAUUGCAUGUUGGAUGUGGACUGGAGAGAGACAAUCAACGAAGAUGAGGAUUAAGUACUUGGAAGCAGCAUUGAGUCAGGACAUUCAGUACUUUGAUACUCAAGUUAGAACUUCUGACAUUGUUUUUGCUAUUAACACUGAUGCUGCACUUGUUCAAGAUGCCAUCAGUGAAAAGUUGGGUAGUUUUAUACACUACUUGGCAACAUUUGUGACUGGUUUUGUGGUGGGAUUUACUGCUGUGUGGCAAUUAGCUUUGGUAACUCUUGCUGUUGUUCCUCUAAUUGCUGUUAUUGGUGGGAUUCACACUACUACAUUAGCUAAGUUGUCUAGCAAGAGCCAAGGAGCUAUGUCUCAGGCUGGAAAUAUUGUCGAACAGACAAUUGUUCAAAUUCGGGUGGUUUUCGCGUUUGUGGGUGAAUCAAAAGCUUUACAGACGUAUUCGGCAGCAUUGAAGAUUGCCCAAAAGCUUGGGUACAAAAGUGGAUUAGCAAAGGGUUUGGGAUUGGGAGGAACUUAUUUCAUCGUGUUUUGUUGUUAUGCUCUACUUCUUUGGUAUGGAGGUUAUCUUGUUAGGCACCAUUUAACUAAUGGAGGUCUUGCCAUUGCUACUAUGUUUGCUGUCAUGAUUGGUGGAAUAGGUUUGGGACAAUCAGCGCCGAGUAUGAGUGCAUUUGCCAAGGCAAAAGCUGCAGCUGCAAAGAUUUUUAUGGUAAUCGAUCACAAACCAAGUAUUGACCGAAUCAAGGAAUCAGGCAUCGAAUUGGAAUCCGUUACGGGGCAAAUCGAGCUCAAAAACGUCGAAUUUGCAUAUCCAUCAAGGGCGGAUGUGAAAAUUCUCAACAACUUCUCGCUUUCAGUUCCUUCUGGAAAAACCAUAGCUCUAGUUGGUAGUAGUGGAUCUGGGAAAAGCACUGUUGUUUCUCUAAUUGAGAGAUUUUAUGAUCCCACUGAAGGACAAGUAUUUUUAGAUGGGCAUGACAUUAAAACAUUAAAGCUGAGAUGGCUGAGGCAGCAAAUAGGGUUGGUGAGCCAAGAACCCGCUUUAUUUGCAACCAGUAUCAAAGAAAACAUACUCCUAGGCAGACCAGAUGCUAGCAUGGUCGAGGUAGAAGAAGCUGCCAGAGUCGCCAACGCCCAUUCAUUUAUCAUUAAGCUUCCUGAUGGCUUUGAAACUCAGGUAGGGGAGAGAGGCUUGCAGCUCUCUGGAGGACAAAAACAAAGGAUUGCUAUUGCCAGGGCAAUGCUUAAGAAUCCAGCAAUACUGCUUUUAGAUGAAGCGACUAGUGCAUUAGAUUCUGAAUCAGAAAAGCUCGUCCAAGAAGCUCUUGACCGGUUUAUGAUCGGCAGAACAACUCUUGUUAUUGCCCACCGUCUCUCCACAAUUCGUAAGGCUGAUCUUGUGGCUGUACUUCAACAAGGAAGUGUAUCAGAGAUUGGAACCCAUGAUGAACUUAUGGGCAAAGGCGAAAAUAGUGUUUAUGCCAAGCUCAUUCGCAUGCAAGAAACGGCUCAUGAAACAGCCAUGCAUAAUGCGAGAAAGAGUAGUGCCAGACCUUCAAGUGCCAGAAACUCAGUUAGUUCACCAAUUAUUGCACGGAAUUCUUCGUAUGGUCGCUCACCUUAUUCACGUCGGCUCUCUGAUUUCUCCACUUCUGAUUUUAGUCUCUCUAUUGAUGCCACCCAUGGAAGUUACAGGCCUGAGAAGUUGGCAUUCAAGGAGCAAGCCAAUUCCUUUUGGCGUCUUGCUAAAAUGAAUGCUCCUGAAUGGCCUUAUGCUUUGGUUGGUUCUGUGGGCUCCGUUAUCUGUGGUUCACUCAGUGCCUUCUUUGCCUAUGUUCUCAGUGCUGUCCUUAGUGUCUACUACAACCCAGACCAUGCUUUUAUGAUCAGAGAAAUUGCCAAGUAUUGCUACUUACUAAUUGGACUUUCAUCUGCUGCCCUCAUCUUUAACACACUACAGCAUUUCUUCUGGGAUGUGGUUGGGGAGAAUCUGACGAAAAGGGUUAGGGAGAAAAUGAUGGCAGCUGUGAUUAAAAACGAAAUGGCAUGGUUUGACCAGGAAGAAAAUGAGAGUGCCCGAAUCGCUGCUAGGCUUUCUCUUGAUGCCAAUAAUGUUCGAUCAGCUAUUGGGGACAGGAUUUCUGUUAUAAUGCAGAACUCUGCUCUUAUGCUUGUUGCUUGUACUGCCGGGUUCAUUUUGCAGUGGCGUCUUGCUCUUGUACUUAUUGCAGUCUUCCCUGUUGUCGUUGCUGCUACUGUUCUGCAGAAAAUGUUUCUGAAAGGUUUCUCUGGAGACCUAGAAGCGGCUCAUGCCAAGGCUACACAGUUGGCAGGAGAAGCAGUGUCAAAUGUUAGAACUGUAGCUGCCUUCAACUCGGAAACGAAAAUUGUUGGCCUUUUCACUAGAAAUCUUGAAAUUCCUUUACGGCGUUGCUUCUGGAAGGGACAGAUUGCAGGUAGUGGAUACGGAAUAGCUCAAUUUGCUCUUUAUGCUUCAUACGCUCUUGGUCUCUGGUAUGCUUCUUGGCUUGUGAAGCAUGGAAUCUCUGAUUUUUCCAAGACAAUUCGGGUUUUCAUGGUCCUUAUGGUAUCUGCCAAUGGAGCUGCUGAGACUUUAACCCUAGCACCUGAUUUCAUCAAGGGAGGACGUGCAAUGAAGUCGGUGUUUGAACUUCUUGAUCGAAAAACUGAGAUUGAACCUGAUGAACAGGAUGCAACGCUGGUUCCUGAACGCCUUCGUGGAGAGGUAGAACUCAAGCAUGUUGACUUUUCCUAUCCCACACGUCCUGACAUAUCUGUCUUCCAAGACAUCAACUUGCGGGCACGAGCAGGGAAGACCCUUGCCUUAGUAGGCCCCAGCGGAUGUGGUAAAAGUUCUGUCAUUUCCUUAGUGCUGAGAUUCUAUGAUCCGUCGUCUGGGAGAGUUAUGAUUGAUGGUAAGGACAUCCGAAAGUAUAACCUCAAGUCCCUAAGGCAGCACAUGGCACUAGUCCCGCAAGAACCGUGCCUCUUUGCCACCACGAUAUAUGAAAACAUUAAGUAUGGAAACGAAAAUGCAACAGAAACUGAGAUAAUAGAAGCAGCAACCCUAGCAAAUGCUCACAAGUUCAUAUCAGCCAUGCCUGAGGGCUACAAGACUCAGGUAGGAGAGAGAGGAGUUCAAUUGUCUGGGGGACAAAAGCAGAGGAUUGCACUUGCCAGGGCAUUUGUGAAGAAGGCAGAGAUAAUGUUGCUCGAUGAAGCUACGAGUGCACUUGAUGCAGAGUCAGAGAGGUCUGUUCAGGAUGCAUUGGACCGUGCUUGCUCAGGGAAGACGACGAUUGUGGUGGCCCACAGGCUAUCAACCAUUAGAAAUGCCCAUGUUAUUGCUGUUAUUGAUGAUGGGAAAGUAGCGGAACAAGGAUCACAUUCACACCUGUUAAAAAACUAUCCAGACGGGUGUUACGCCAGAAUGAUACAGUUACAAAGGUUCUCACACGGUCAGGCCAUAGGUAUGGCAUCAGGAUCAACCUCUUCCACACGACCACGAGAAGAUGAGGGGAGGGAAAACUGAUGCUCAGAAAAGGUGGAAGAAUUUCCAAAUUUAGUAAAAAGAUAGGAAAAGGAAAGGAAGAGGAAAAGAAAAAAGAGUAUACUCACAUAUCCCUUCUCAUCAGUUUGGAAUUCUUGAUUUUUGCUGUCAUAUAUAGCUUCUUGUGUAUGUGUUAUCUAAUUUAGCUUAUGAAAUAUAGUAAUUUUAUCCAAAAGGUUCGUCAUUUGGAUCCAACUUCCUAGCUAUUGUACAUGCCACACAUCCGAAAGGUAUCGAUUCGCUCUGUUUUGCUCACUAGAAUUUAGUACGGGUACAGAUCCCACAGAUAUGUAAUUCGAGUGAUGAAUUGUCAUAUUGAUGAUGAAUACAUGAAAUGAAGUGUUUACAUGACAUAAAUCUAAUACAAGUACUUCGUAUUGUGUAGGCGUCCA